ACAGAUCUAAUAUGAAAAGAACAAAAAAAGUUAAAAGUAAAUAAAACCAAUAAAAAUCAAAUGCAAACAAUAUGAAAAUUUGCAUCAGCUGGAUUUCUUCCAACAGACUGAAAAACAACAGAAAACCCAAAAUCCCAAAAUGGCGAUCCCAAAGGCCAAUCCGAAGGCAAAAUCAACAAAACCCAGAUCUCCAUUCCUCAUCCUCACAACGUCUAUCGCAUGCAUUGCCGUGUUGUACCUUGCUUCAUCACUACUCUCCACGCCCGGGCUCUCUGCCUCCACUUCUAGUAGCUUGCAAGGCUUGGUUAACAAGCCCAAGAACCGGCACACUUUGCAAGAGAAUACUUGUAUUGGGGCAGCAAAAUCGAUUGCCUUGGAAAACACUGCGACUCGUGUGAAGGUUUGGGGCACCAUGAAUCUAGCCUUAGGUGUGCCCUUGAAGAGGCGCUGUUUCUUGGGAGAAGUGAUUAUUCUUCUUGUGUUGAGCCAAUGGACCUUCGUAAUGCCUUCUAGGAUGUGUAUUAAUCCCAUACACAAUAAAAAGGGGAUUCUUCAUCAAGCGGGCGAUGAGGGUUCUGAGGAAGGGUGGACAGGUAACUCGUGUGCUAUGGAAUCCUUGUAUGAUAUGGAUCUUAUGUCCGAAACUAUACCUGUGAUUUUGGAUAAUUCAAAAAUGUGGCAUCAUGUCCUCACGACAAGCAUGAAACUGGGACCCAGAGGAAUUGCACACGUGCAAGGAGUUAAUCGAGCUGAUCUCAAAGAAAAUGCUUUAUACUCGAAUCUUCUACUCAUAAAUCGAACUGCAAGUCCUCUCUCGUGGUUCAUGGAGUGCAAGGAUAGAAAUAACCGCAAUUCUAUUCUGCUGCCUUAUUCUUUUCUUCCAUCAAUGGCUGCAAAGAAGUUUCGGGAUGCUGCACAAAAGAUUAAGGCGCUUCUUGGAGAUUAUGAUGCCAUUCAUGUGCGCCGAGGAGAUAAACUGAAAACGAGAAAGGACCGAUUUGGUGUCCAACGGAGCUUACAUCCUCACCUUGAUAGAGACACACGUCCCGAAUUUAUUCUCUGUAGAAUCUCCAAGUGGGUCCCACCAAGACGAACCCUUUACAUUGCGUCAAACGAGAGAACUCCUGGAUUCUUUUCGCCAUUGGCUGCAAGGCUCAUCAUGAUGGGAGCAAAAACGUUUAUUAGGACGUUUAAAGAAGACGAUACGGAUCUAAGCCUCACAGAUGACCCCAAGAAAAACACCAAGAUUUGGCACGUCCUAUAUUGGCAGUACCGAAAAAUGCCAUACCUCGUACGCGAGCAUUUGUUCAUCGGCAACAUUGGAGAUGCUGCAGAAGUUCUCCAGAAUGGAAGUGAUGACAUCACACACAUACUCUCAGUCCUAAGCUCAGCUUCCAUUUCUUUCUUCUCCGAGUGGCGAAGUGGGAUUUCGAUCCCGACUAAAGAAAUCCGGAAGGUUUUUGUUGGGGACUCUGAUUCAGAAAAUGGGUCUAAGAGCGCACUCUCACCAGAUAAGCUCCUUUACUCACUUGAGUAUGCGGGUAAGGAUUUGAAGUUUGUGAGAAUGGCAGUGCCUCUGAGGGAUAUGGAGAGCGAGGACUUGCUCGAUUAUUUAGAUGCAGCUUUGGAUUUUAUCGAAAAUAGUCGGAAAGAGGGUUCGGUUUUGGUUCACUGUUUUGCAGGUGUAUCAAGGAGUGCAGCUAUCAUUACGGCAUACCUGAUGAAAAGUGAACGACUCACUGUAGAUGAUGCUAUUGAGUCUUUGAGACAGAGCUGUGAAUCUGUAUGCCCGAAUGAUGGCUUCCUGGAGCAGUUGAAAAUGUUUGAAGAAAUGGGUUUUAAGGUGGAUCGUGGUAGUCCAAUAUACAAGCGCUUCCGCCUAAAAGUAUUAGGCGAGUCAUAUAACUGUGGAGAGAAAAUAGAUAUUUCCAAGUUCGGGCCUGACCCGAGCUCCCUUGCUGAAAAACUUUCUUCCCAUUCUGAAAAAUUGACCAAUAACGAAGCACGGCCCAAUACUCCUGCUUACCGUUGCAAGAAAUGCCGCAGACUAGUUGCCUUGAAAGAAAAUGCGGUGGAUCAUGUUCCGGGAGAGGGCGAAACGUGCUUCAAUUGGCGUAAAAGAAGUGGUACUUUUAGCAGAUCUGAAGAUGACGAGUGUUCUUCUAUCUUUAUCGAACCUCUUUGCUGGAUGAAAGCUGAUAGUGAACUUUCUUAUGGUACUAUAUCACAUAGUAGCUUAUCCUCCUCAAACUACACACAAUUGAAGAAGGUUGUCUGGAGGGAAAGCUAUCGUGCAUCAACUGUGAAGCUCGUUUGGGUUACUUCAACUGGUCCGGCAUUCAGUGCAGUUGCGGGAGCUGGAUUACACCUGCCUUCCAGCUUCACAAAAGCCGAGUCGACAUCAGCACUAUCUAGAAGCUUCUUCCCUCCUGUCUUGCCGAAUUUCGGUCAAAGCCCAUUGAAACGAGUGUGGCUAUUGAGUCCUCAGGUGGUUCGGUCGAGGACAAUGGAGCUGGAUAGUUUGCCUGAAAGUGUAACCUUUAGCCUGCGUAUGCCGAAGACAUUCAAGCGGUACAGGGAACCUGCGAGAAUACCGCAAAGCCCUGGAAGUAUGGAUCUUUUCCAGGAUGAUAAAAAUAAC